CAUGACUCCGCCCGCCGCUACAUAACUUGCCCAUCUUGCCCUCGGUCGCGCCGCAACCGACCAUGUCUGCAGCGAUCAACAUCCCCGGCUCCCCCGUCAGGUACACCACCGUUGUCUCCGUGUCUCCCACCGCGAGCUCCCUCACCGAGCGCAUCACGCGCCCGCUCCGGAGCGACUCGCUCGCCUCCUACGCCGUUCGCCAGCCUCGAGUGCUCCAUCCGACGGAUAACGAAGAGCUCAGGCUGCUGCUGCUGGAGAACAUCAGCCAGGACGCCGUCGCCGCAUUCAGAGCGCAGGGGUUCCAUGUCGACCAUCACGCCAAAGCCAUGUCGGAGGAAGAGCUCCUGCAGAACAUCGGCUCGUACCAUGCCAUCGGCAUCCGCAGCAAAACCAAGCUGACCGACAAGGUCAUCCGGGCAGCGUCCAAGCUGCUCGUCAUCGGAUGCUUCUGCAUCGGCACGAACCAGGUCGAUCUCCACACGGCGGCCAAGGCAGGCAUCCCCGUCUUCAACUCGCCCUUCUCCAACUCGCGUUCCGUCGCCGAGCUCGUCAUAUCCGAGAUCAUCGGCCUCUCGCGCCAGCUCUUCCAGCGCUCGUACGAGAUGCGGAACGGCAUUUGGAACAAGCAGUCCAAAGGAUGCUGGGAAAUUCGCGGCAAGACGCUCGGUAUCAUCGGCUACGGUCACAUCGGCUCCCAGCUGUCCGUCCUCGCCGAAGCCUUUGGCAUGCGUGUGCUCUUCUACGACGUGAUCAACCUCAUGCCCCUCGGUUCGGCGCGCCAGGUCGAGACUCUCGAAGCUCUCCUCUCCGAGUCCGACUUCGUCACGCUUCACGUCCCCGAACUUCCGGAGACGACGAACAUGAUCUCGGAGAAGGAGCUGGCGACAAUGAAGAAGGGCGCCUACCUGAUCAACAAUGCUCGAGGCAAGGUCGUGGACAUCCCAGCGCUCAUCAAGGCACUGAAGUCGAAACAUCUGGCCGGUGCUGCUCUGGACGUCUACCCGACAGAGCCCGGCUCGAAUGGCGCAGCCUUUGACGAUCAGGUCAACCCUUGGGUUACAGAACUCCGUUCCGUCGACAACGUCAUCCUCACCCCGCACAUCGGCGGCUCGACGGAGGAGGCACAGCGAAUGAUCGGCGAAGAGGUCGCAUCGGCACUCACCCGUUACCUGAAUAACGGCUCGACCCUAGGCGCCGUCAACUUUCCCGAGGUCGACCUGCGCGCCAUCAGCGCCGAGGAGGGUACGCAUGUGCGCGUGUGCCAUGUACACAACAACCAGCCCGGCGUGCUCCGACAGGUCAACGAGGUGCUGUCGCCCUACAAUGUCGAAAAGCAGUACUCGGACUCCAAGGGCGACGUGGCGUACCUGAUGGCGGACAUCGCCAACGUCAACGCCAGCGACAUCAAUAUGCUCAAGGAGCGCAUCAGCAAAACGAGCGCUAACAUACUCACACGCUUACUGGCGUAAUGUGCCUUUCUCUUUGAGCUUUUUCAAAAGGCCGAAGACGGACGGUCGUAGUAGCAACACAUUGUCUUACUCCACUCAACUGGGGCCUUCGCUUUCGUUCCAUUGACAUAUAGUGUAACCGUAGUUCAGGCAGUCCGGUACGGCUGUCAAUUGUAUCCAUACAUGUUUCAUUCGAUGAGGUAGUCCAUGGUAUAAAGAUUGCUAUACGGUAGAACGAGAAUGCAAGGGAAACCAGUGUCAUUAGGAUCUAAGUUUCUUCUUCCGGAUCGCCGAUGCCGCUCUGAAGAAUCGCGAAUGUGCUCUCGCUCUCGGGCAACUCGGGCGAAUCGUAUAUCUUGCAUAUACGGGUGUUUGCACGACCUUUGCGCAAUUGCAACCGGGUGGUCGAUGCAUGCGCCAUGAUGUUACCUCCGAUCGGUUUCUUCUCGUUUGCAGCAUACGGGUUCGCGCCACCGUCAGGAUUCGAGACGACUUGAUUGGUCACGACAACGGCGACACCGAACUCAUCUGCUAGCCUUUGCAGAGUCCUCAAGAACUUUGCCAGAUGCGUUUGUCGCGCAGAGAGUUCCCCUCGACCACUGAAAUCUGUCCGGUAGAGCGCAGUACACGAGUCGACAACGAGAAGACAAAACCGCGACUCCGACAUCAGUGCACUGGCGCUGAUCAAUAGCGCAUUCUGAUGAUCGGCGUUGUACGCACGGGCGUAGGCGACAUUGUCGAGUACUUCUUCCCCAUUCAAGCCAAAGCGUUCCGCCACCGCUAGCAGGCGAACAGGACGGAACGUGCCUUCAGUGUCAAUGUACAAGCACUUGCCCUCCCCUCCACCCAUGCUGACAGGAAGCUGGCAUGUCACAGCGAGCGUAUGGCAAAGCUGCGAUUUUCCUGUUCGAAACUCGCCGAACAUCUCUGUGAUAGCUCCCGUUUCAAUACCACCGCCAAGAAGGGAGUCCAAAUUCUUGGACCCUGUCGUUAUGUGCACCAGCUCCGAUCUCCUGGCAUGAACCUCCGUCGCGCUCUGGAAGCCGAGAGGGACGAUCUUUUGCGCUUCUGCCAGAAUUUUGUCUGCUUUGGCGUCGCUUAUUCCCUUGAUGGCAAGCAACUGUUUCUUGGGGGUGAACGCUACGGCCUCGACUGUAUGCAGCCCUGCAUCCGCAAGCUUCUUGACGUCCUGGGGUGCGAUUCCAGCUUCCUGUAGCUUAUUGACCACUAAUGGUCCUGAGAAAGAAUAGUCAUCUUCUUCCUGGAGCUGGGACGCUUGCGACAUGUUAGUAGC